GGCAAGAAUUAUGCAAGUAAAAGCAAUAGGAUUAGGACGAGGAGUAGUUUUUCUUUUAGAACCAGGAUACAACACACCGAAAAAGUAGCAUGCCGUCCAGCCCUUCCCACGACCAAAUUUCUGGCACCACUGCUGCCACUCCGACGGAUUUGAGAUUUGGCACCCCCGGACAAAAGGACGCCCAGGGAUCAAAACAAACCGCUCCGCUACAGUCGCCCGUGCUCCCCGCGGAUUCUCCUUUGGGUUCCGGUACAGGGGUACGGAGCAGCGGAAAUUAUAGCGAUGAUGAUCUUCACUCUGAAACAAAAACGAGCAAGAAUCAAGUCGGCACGGGAGUAGCGAAUAGUAAACUGGAUCUACGGCACGAUCCUGAGUAUCAGCGUGAUCAUGACGAGAAUUAUCACCACCAGCAUUUUUCCAAGGCCACGACAGCCACGAUUACUUCAACAUCUACAGGGCUUUAUUCCAGAAACGUCAACAAGCAGGUCCAAACGGAUCAACUGACCGCUCCCGAGGAUGAGGAGGUUGCGCCUAUGGUAGAUGAAAAUGAAUUUACCAGUACAUUUUUGUCGCCCGGUGUUCUUGUUCCACCAUCUUCUAUCCACCCGGAAAAUAAAACUCGAAAGGCCCGGCUGCUUGCGCUGCAGAAAAAUCUCACGGCGUCGGUGGAGCAGUUGCAGGACAGGGCUAUGCAGGUGAAGGCCGAAAAGGAGGAGGCGGUGCUGUUUCGGAACAAUAUCUCCUCUGCUCGCCCGAUGGUGGAUUUUCUCGCAUCGUCGACGUCGAUAAACCACUUCAAAACUUCGAUGUCUGACUUUCACGUCCCCUUGCGGAGAAAAGCAGCGCAACUCUUCUUUUUCCGCGUGUGGGCGAAAUUUUCGGAAGCGCUGCGUGGGGAACGCGACCGGGAGCGGCGUAUUGGGAGUUUUGUCGAGGAGCUGUAUGCUACCUUUCAGGAGGAAGGCAGAGAGAAGAACAAGCCAGGAGCGCAGGGGAGGACAAGUAGAGGACAAGAAGUACAACUAAGCACGUCGAAGAAGCCUCAGGUCAAAACCUCUACUUCUUCUGCCGGCCGUUCAUCUGUAGUAGUUGCACGACCGGAAAGAAGUACUACAAGAAGCUCCACUACGAAUACUACCGCCACCCUGGUGCAUAUCGCAACGGAAACGGGCUUGCUUCGCGUUUUCGACCGACAGUGGCGGUUGAAGUUGUUUUCCAAAAGUUUUUCGCGGUGGAAGGAAUUUCACCGGAGAACAGAAGUGCAGAGGCUGCGCGACGUUCUGAAACAGAUGAAAGAAUAUAACGCCUUUUUGGUCGUGGAUCGAAGUUAUACCCUGAAUGAAUCGGAUCCGGUGCUUGCAGAUGUUGAAAAAUGUCGGGAAAAAGAUAGAAAAGGUAAAAGCGUAAAUGUCAAAUUUCUCCGAGAUUCUUUUGCUCCUACUGCUAGCUACACGCUGGGGACAGCGGCCGCGGCGCCGAUAAAGUGA